UUGUUUUAUUCCGUUAAUAUUCAGUGACUCCUAGAUCAUUCUAUUCGUGAUUUCGGCACUUCUUCCUGGCGCAGAAUGACAACUACAAAUCCCAGAAUGCACUCGCGACUGUUAUGAAUCAGAAGUCCACACAGCUCUGUUUUCAGAGCUAAUAUCAUAAAACAGCUGAAAAACGAGCACUGACAGCAAUGACAGCCACCGAUCUGUGCGACACACAAACGCGACUGCCGUUCGUCGAUCUCCCGCGAACUUUCGGUGAAGUUUAAUCGAGUAUGCGCGCGUCCAGUGCCGCGGGCUCGAGUCUGUCAGGAGCCGCUCAGCGGUCGCCCGCGUUCGGAUAACACUCUCGCAUCUCCCGCGAACCCGUUACCUGCUCCGGGACCCGAGACGGAUCGCACCGGCGGAUGUCUGUCUGUCCGGUAGUCGUAUGCCGGUGUAGGAGCCGCCUGAGGCCGGUGUGCGCGCGCAGCGCUCGCUCUCAGUAUGUGGCGUCACAAGAGCGCGAUUGUUUCCUUCAUUUACUGACGAGUUCUGCCAGUUAACAGCACUGCACUUACCAGGUAUGAUUUAGUACUCUUUUUGUUUGUAUUAGCGCUGAUAUGAUCUCGCAGGAUGUUGUUGAUAAAUGUGGUUGAAGUGAAUGAUCGAGAGUCUGAGGAGAAAUCUGCUGUGUAACGCGUUUGAUGAUCAGAUCAGAUUCGAUCAGCAGCGUGUGGAUGGGAUAAUGCGAGCUCUGUGUGCAGUGCUGUGCCUCGGCCUGGUGGCGGCGCUGCAUCCCAAACAGCAGGCGGCACCGCAGGUCCACAAGGCACCUCCGGGCGUCCACGGGCACCAGUGGGUGAUGGAGAACUGCAGGCGGCUCUCGAACCUGCUGCGGCAGAAGCAGUCGGCCGUCCGCAAGCUGAGCGCGGCCGGCGCGGCGGUGGUGCGGGACAAGGCGCUGGCGCCCCCUGAGAAGCUGUUCCGCGUUCACACGCUGGAGGUGUUUCAGCGCGAGCUGAACGAGAGCGAACGCUCGCUCUUCGAGGCCGUGGAGGGGCUGCAGCGCGUGCUGAAGGGGAACCUCAGAGACGUGGUCAGCAUGAAGGACAGCAGCCGGCAGAGACUCCAGGCGCUCAGGGAAGCCGCCAUCAAGGAGGAGCAGGAGUACAUGGAGCUUGUGGCGGCGGAGAAACACCAGCAGGAGGCGCUGAAAGUGGCACAGGACCGCAACAAAACCCUGUCCAUGCUGGACGAGAUCCUGGAGGACGUGAGAAAGGCCGCAGACCGUCUGGAGGAGGACAUCGAGGAGCACGCCUUCGACAAUAACAAACAGAUGAAGGGUGUGAACGUGGAGGCCGUCCUGAGGGUGGAGGAGGAUGAGGAGGACGGCAAGAGGAAGAACGCGUCGAGGCAGGUGGCCAAAGGCAAUCUGGGGCUCAGCAUGCUGAUCGACUCACAGAAUAACCAGUAUGUGCUGACCAAACCCCGCGACUCCACCAUCCCCCGCGCCGACCACCACUUCAUCAAGGAUCUGGUGUACGUGGUCAUGUUGUCGCUGCCGUGCGGGUGGCUCUGUACGCUGAUGGGACUGCCGCCCAUGUUCGGAUACAUCAUCUGUGGUGUUCUGCUCGGCCCGUCGGGACUCAACAGCAUCAAAUCUAUGGUUCAGGUGGAGACGUUAGGAGAGCUGGGCGUGUUCUUCACUCUUUUUGUGGUUGGUCUGGAGUUUUCACCUGAACGCCUCCACAAGGUGUGGAAGAUCUCGCUGCAGGGCUCCGGGUAUCUGAGUCUGCUGAUGGUGGCCGCUGGGCUGGUCUGGGGUCAGCUGCUCGGCCUCCACCCCACACAGACCGUCUUCAUCUGCAUCUGUCUGUCUCUCUCCAGCACUCCGCUGGUGUCUCGCUUCCUGGCUGGAGGAUCCAGAGGAGAAUCAAAGGAGGGUGAGCUGGACUACAGCAGUGUUCUGCUGGGCAUGCUGGUCAUGCAGGACGUGCAGCUCGGCCUGUUCAUCGCUGUGAUGCCCACGUUCAUUCAAGGAGGAAAUGGAGACAUGGACAGUGUGCUGAUGGCAGCGCUGCACGUGCUGGUUCUGCUGGCUCGUGUUCUGGUGUCGCUGGCGGCCGUGCUGCUGAUGUGCUGGCUGCUGCGCUCUCAUCUGGUCGGCCCGUUCUACAAGAAGCUGCAUGCCGAGAGCAAAGGGAACAAGGAAAUACUAGUGCUGGGCACCAGUGCCUUUGUGUUCCUGAUGCUGACGGUGACAGAAUUCAUGGACGUGUCGAUGGAGUUGGGCUGCUUCCUGGCCGGGGCGCUGCUCUCCUCACAAGGUCACAUGGUCACCACGGAGGUCAUGAGCUGCACUGAACCAGUUAGAGACUUCCUGGCCAUCAUCUUCUUUGCAUCAAUUGGGCUGCACGUGUUCCCGACCUUCGUCCUGUACGAGCUGACCAUCCUGCUGGUCUUGACCUUCUCGCUGGUCAUCAUGAAGUUCAUAAUGGCGGUCGUGGUUCUGUCGGCCAUCCUUCCUCCGGGAUCGCGUCACAUCCGCUGGCUGGUGUCGGCCGGACUGGCGCAGGUCAGCGAGUUCUCCUUCGUCCUGGGCAGCCGUGCCCGUCGGGCCGGCAUCAUCUCUCGAGAGGUGUAUCUGCUGGUUCUCAGCGUCACCACCUUAAGUCUCCUCCUCGCGCCGGUCUUAUGGAGAGCCGCUACGCUCAAAUGCAUCCCGCGGGCCGAGAGGAAACCGCUCACCUGAGCGGCGGCGCACGCAGAUGAGCUGCGUUACACAUUAAUGCAUCAUAUUGAUGACAAACAGAAGGGUGGGGCAUUAAUAUAUGAAAUAUUUUCACAGUCAUGAAAGAAAAGCUUGCAAAAGGAAGAUCAUGUCUGUUAUGUUGUAUACGACCAAACGUUAUUUAUUUGUGUAAUACGUGCCUUGAGCUGAUGUCAGCAGACGAGCCAAAUAAUGCACCUGUUAUGAAGCGCCUCAGUCUGUCGGACGAGAAGCUUUCGCACUGCAGGUGUCGGUACGUGUAGAUCUGUGUUUUAACUUAAGAUGAUUCACAGCAGAAGAGCUAAAGCUUGACCGUAUUCAUUCAUGAUUCAUGCUGAAAUUAAACUCUAAGCACAAGGUGGCAGUUCUUUAGUGGGACGAUAAGUUAAAUUAAUUAUAGACAUACUGUAACUGGACUAUUCUGAUUCAUUUCUCUGGACUGUUGUUUCACAAUCAGGAUUAAAACAUACUAUUAAAAACAUUACUUCAG